UUAUAGCCUCCACCAUAGUAUUGAGGGUAUAUUAAGUUUGUCAUUCCGUUUGUAACACCUCGAAAUAUACAUUUUAGACCCCACAAAGUAUAUAUAUAUUCUUGAUCUGCAUUAAAUUCUAUGUCGAUUUAGCGAUGUCGCUGAAGAGGAAAUGGAUACAGAAUGCAUGGAUACCGAAGAAUUAACGCAGUGCUCAAGUAAGGGACAAACAGAUACAAACAAGCGACAAAAAGUAGACCAAAUUGCAAGCGACGGAAAAACAACGCCGGGUUCCGCUUCUUCCGCGUGCCUUGGUGCGGAUUACCUACUUAAUUCUCCAAUACCAGACAGGCCAAGUAAAGCGUGUAUGGUCAAGGUGUAUAGCGAUUUUGACUCGUAUAUCAUAAAUACCAUUGUCGAUGUUGUUGGGUUUUUGUCAGUAGAUCCAUGUUUGGAUGGGACAAAUAUGGACGUCGACUAUGACAAUGUUGGUGAAUUACAAGCUCAAAAUCCACCCCCUUCUCUAAUACCUCGUUUGCAUGCCAUAGCUGUGCACGUAUUACCACAUGCCAAUCCUCUACUGGAUCAACGUUUAGGAAAGUGGGAGGCAGACAGUGCCAGUGUGAUAUCUAUUCAAAAGGAUUUACGCAUGUUGUUGACAUUGUGUCUUUUUAAUGAUGACUUGGCUGCUGACUAUUUGCUAUCACAUCUUAUAUCUACUGUUUAUAGUCGUUGCGAAUUGCAAAGUAUUGGAAAGUUUUCUCUAAACAUUUGCAAUUUACCAAAGGAAUCUGUGGCAGAAUAUACCAAGCAACUGUAUGGAAUAUUAGAACAGAUAUUACCGGCGAGUCAUUAUUUGCCUAUGACAUUGGAUACCAUGAACACAGCAGCUUUUGUUCCAAAAAAAGACUACGAAACAAAUAAGCUGGUGUCAGGCUUGUUGCAAUUAGCACCGCAUACUCACUUGGUGCUAGAUGAAACUCGUAUGCAACAGGGUAAACUAGAAGCAAAUGGUGUUAUGGGCAUUCAGAGCAUAGCCAAUCUAAUAAAUAAUCAACAAAUUAAAUGUAAUUUCCAAUAUUACGAAAUAGACUACAAUGUCGAUAUACCAGUAUUAAUAUUGAGUGAAGGUAGAAGUAUGCUGCCGAGUGACAUUUCAUUGCCCUUGAAAACAGACACUGAAUCCGUUCAGUUAAUGACAGAAACAUUAAAAGCCGCCAAUCAUUAUCUGAGUCAAAAUUCUCGCCUGGAACAAUUUAGACGUUAUCUCACUAAUGCGAAAACUUCCGAUUUUACUAUGAAUCCUGGUGAUACCGAGAUGAUACAAAAUGACUUUGUGGAAAUGCGAAAGACGAAUUCAGUAACAAGUGCUGACGACUUGCAUUCACUUCUUGUCCUGUCACGACUAUUGGCUAUUGCACGUGGCAAAAAUGUUCUCGAUAAAGAAUCUUGGGAAUUGGCAAAAGAAAUGGAGUCCAAGCGUCGCCAACGUCUUUCCGAAUUGCCGAAGUCUAAAUUGAAAACACGGCAACAAUAAUUAUUGUUAUUGCAUUUUAUUUUUUUAUAAUAAAUCGAAUGUAUUUUUA